AUGUGGCAUGGCGACCCGAACGGCAGCAACAUCACCAACGGAGGCUACAAGGACGGCGACAAAAAGGGGUUUCCGGGUGGCGCGAAGGCCUUCGCGAAUGGAACCAAUGGCCAGGCUCAUGCAGCAGGCGCCACAAUUUGCCGCCACUUUCUGCAGGGGCGAUGUGCCUUUGGUGACGCUUGUCGCAACCUCCACACGAUGCCGGAGCCGGCGCCGGCGGUUCCGCCGGCUCCAGUGGCGAACGGCCACAGCCGUGGCCCGGACAUGGGACAUGGGGCGACAGCGACGGCUCGAGUGGAACGGCCCCGCCGGAGGCCAGUGGAAGAAUAUACCGAAUGCGGCAUUUGCUUCGAGAAUGUCAUGAAGAGGGGUGAGCGUUUUGGAAUGCUAGAAAGCCGUGGCCCCGGAAACUUCGACACAGUUUGGUGCGGUGGAAGACGUGCGUGUGUAGUUGAAGAAUCUCGAUGA